AUGACGUCGGAAUUCGUUCGUGAUUUCAAAAGUCACAAAAUCGUACCGGAUGUAAUACCGGUUCCGCCGGAAAGCUUGCUUCAAGUUACCUAUCCGGACGAACAACGUGUUAACCUUGGGAACAUACUGAUGCCGAAACAGGUCAAGGAUAUACCCGAAGUUCAAUGGAUAGCGGAGCCCAACACACUGUACACCCUAUGCAUGACGGAUCCGGAUGCACCCAGCCGUACAACGCCAAAAUUUCGUGAGUGGCACCAUUGGUUGGUAGUUAACAUUCCCGAAACCGACAUGGAACGGGGCGAAACACUGUCGGAAUACAUUGGAGCAGCCCCGCCAAAAAAAACUGGUCUUCAUCGGUAUGUCUUUUUGGUAUACCAGCAAAGUGGUAAAUUGAACUGUGACGAAAAACGCCUCUCAAACCGAAGUUCCCAAGGUCGCGGAAAGUUCUCAAUCCAGAAGUUCUCCGAAAAAUACGAACUAGGCAUUCCGGUGGCCGGUAAUUUCUUCCAAGCCCAAUUUGAUGAUUACGUGCCCAAGCUGUACCGCCAGCUGGGACAGUUUCAAAAUGGCUUCUAA